AUGCUAAUAAACCGCAUUUUGAUACUUUUAUUAAGAAUUCUUGGAUUUUGCAUCAUAAAUCCUCUCCUGUGGAUUCUCUUUUGGAAACGAAAAAAGGUCGAAGGAACUGAAGAUCCCCUACUUUUGCUCCCAGCUGUGGAUAUUGCUGAAAAAAUCAGAAAGCGUGAAAUAACGUCGAAACAGGUUGUCCAAAAAUACAUUGACCGUAUCAAAAAAGUGAAUUCCGUGAUAAAUGCCGUUGUGGAUGAUCGUUAUGCGGAUGCGUUAAAAGAAGCCGAAGCUGCGGACGAGUUAAUUUCCGUGUCUGAUGAGGAUUUUUCCAUUUCUCGACCGUUUCUUGGCGUUCCUUUUACUGUCAAAGAAAACGUGGGACUUGCCGGACUUUCGUAUUCGGCAGGAAUGAUUUGGCGCCGGGGUGUUCUUUGCCCGAAAAGUGGUCCUUCCGUCGAAUUACUCAUCAAAGCAGGCGCAAUUCCGCUUUGCGUGUCAAAUACGCCCGAGUACAGCAUGAAUCUCGAGUGUUACAAUCACGUCAAUGGGCGAACGUUGAAUCCGUAUGACACGAGACGCACUCCGGGAGGCAGUACGGGCGGAGAAGCAGCCUUACUUGGGGCUGGAGCGUCGAUUUUUGGCAUCGGCGGCGACAUUGGCGGCUCAAUUCGACAACCAGCGUUAAAUUGUGGGGUCUUUGGACAUAAACCGACACCAAAUUUGAUCGAUUAUGAAGGAUAUUGGCCUGUUAUACCGGAUCCCAUGUUGGAAAAACUCUUUUCGAUCGGAUAUAUGACGCGAUAUGCGAAGGAUUUGAAGCCCGUUUUGAAAGUUAUUUUAGGAGAAAAUGUCGAAAAACUCACUUUGGACAAGGAAAUUGACUUUAAAUCGAUGAAAGUCUUCGUUUCUGAGACUUUUUGUAAGUCGUUCCUCGUAAAUCCCGUCGAUAAGGACAUAAUUGAAGCUGUGAGAGGCGCCACAAAAGCCCUGAGUGACAUGGGAGCUCAAAUUUAUAAACUAGAAAAUUAUUUGGAGAACUUGGAAGUCAUUUUAGAAAUUGCCACAGCAGCUUUGACGAGCUAUGCUGACUCCGGUACUUGGAUGCUCAAAUCACAGCAUCGGGAUGUUACAAUUCGAGUUUCUUCGUAA